AUGUCACAAGAACAGAAAAAUAUUUGGACGUCAAAAUGCCCAGGAGAGAUAAAAAUAGAAAGUAAAUAUCAUCAUAAUUGGAUAUUAGCAGCAAUUAAGAUAAUUAAUAGACAAAAAGAGAUUGUAGAAGACAUUCUUGAAGCAGAUGGAGUUAAAUUGUUAAAAUGGAAACACUUAUGUAAGGAAAAAGGAUUAAAUACGAAAGGAAAGACACCGAAAUGGUUUAAAGAUAUAGAAAAAAAGGUUUUAGAAGAUGAAAAUGGAAAUUUAAGAAAAAUAAAAAGAGAAUAUAUAGGACAAGAAUAUGAUUUAAACAAUUCAUCUUAUCUGAAAAAAUGCGAAGGAUGUAGUAGAAAUAUUAGUAAGAAAAAAGGAAAUAAAGAAUGUUUGAUAUAUUUAGAAAAUGAAUACAGUAGGAAAAUUGAAAGACGAAAAGAUGAUGGUUUAAUUAAACCAUAUGAGACUUUAAACAAUAUAAUUAAGAAAAAUAAUUGGUUAAGAAAAUUUACGCAAGAAGAAAGAAGAGAUGAAAUUUACAACGAAAGAAUAGGAAAAAUAGAUAGCAUAAUUAAAGCCGAUGAAGAAUUUAUUAUGUUAAUUAAAAAUAGUAUUUUCGAAAAUGAUGAAAACUUUUCGAGAGAAAAAAGAAGAUUUUUCCUAAUAAUUGAUGCAGUCAAAACAAGAUCUACAGUUAACGAAAAAGGGAAAAGAAUUUAUAAAUACAAUAUUAUAUGGAAAAUUAUAAAUUUUAAUGAAGAAGGAAAUAAAGAAUCGGAAAUAAUUUUCUUAGCCAAACACAUUAAUAGAAGGAAGAUAGAUAGCGAUUAUAAUUUAGAAUUAUUAUUUAUAGAAAAUUUUUUAGAAUAUAAUGAAAUUAGGAUCAUAGAUAGUAAUGAAAAAGAAUAUAGAUUAUUAAAAGGGUUAAGGAAAGAAUUGAGAAAUAUGUUAAAGGAUAAAAAUUUAAUUCAAACGAUAAAAUAUAAUUUUGAAAUAGGGUUGGAAAAAAAAGUUACGAACGCAAUUUGGAAAAACGAAAUACUUAAUAGCGAAAAGCUAAAUGAUUUAUUUAUGUACAAUCACAAAAAAGAAUUCGAUUGGCAAACUACUUUAGAAUUUGUGAAACAAUCGACCUAUAAAAUUUUACAUAAAAGAAAUGCUAAUAAAAUAGAAGACGACAAAUGUAUAAGAUGUGGAAAAAAUGAAAUAGAAAGUUGGGAACACAUCUGGAUAUGUGAAGUUAACGAAUUCUCGAUCGAUGAAAUUGUACAAGAACCGAUAUAUCGUUUUGAACAACAAUUAAAGAACUGUAACCAAGACGAAGAUAUAAAUAUUCUGAGGAACUACAAUAUCGAAUUUAUAAGUAUAUUAGAAAGUCCUUCGAUAAUUUUGAGAGGAAAAAGUAAAAAAUGGGAAUUAAUUAGAGGUGUAUAUAACGAACAUUUCAAUAGUCUAUCAAAUAAGAAAGAAGAGAAAAUGCUGAUAAAAAGACUUUGGAUGUUUGUUUAUGACGAAAUUAAAAAUCGUUUAUGGAUACCAAGAUGCGAGGAAAUUAAACGAUUAGAAGAAAAAGCUAAUAUUCAAAAAUUGGAUUUAAGGAAAAAAAGAGAAAAAAGAUUAACAGGUUCAAUUGUGGACGGGAAUAGUGUUGCAAAAACUUGGGAUACAUCGAAUAUAAGAAAGAAAGGUAAUAUAAAAGAAUGUUUGAUAUACUUAGAAAAGGAAGUUAAAAGAAGAACAGAGGAAUCAUGUAUAAAGCCACACGAGACGUUAAGAAAUAUAAUUGUUAAAAAUAAUUGCGUGAAAAAUUAUAAUGAAGAAGAGGAAAGAGAUAAAAUUUAUAAUGAAAGGAUAGAAUUAAUAGACAAUUUAAUUAAAAUAGAAAUAGAUUUUAUAGAAAUAUUAAAAGAAAAUGAAUAUAAAGUUGAACAUAAUAAUGAGUUGAGAUUUAGCGUGAAAUAUAAUUCUAUUAAUGAAAAUGAGUAUAAAAUUCUUAUUAGAAGUUUAAUUAUAGGAAUUUUACUUUUAGGGAAAUAA